GAUCAUGUUAUUCUAAAAUUCGGUAACAGUAAUGUUGUUAUUUAUUUUAGAGUUGUUUGCUUUAUCUUGUUACCAGGCCUAUGCAAAAGAUGACACGGUUUCAAUAGGAACGGUCUUGGAAAAGUUGAGUGAACUCGAAAAUAUAAUUACCUCUCAGAAGCAGGAGUUACGACAACUUAAAGAAAAUGAAAGAAAUCUCUUACAAAGGAUACAGAAUUUGGAGCAUAAACAUGCCUUGAAAGAAAAGGACUUAGAAAACCAAAGUGUGUCUGUUACAGUCCAAAAAAGAGCACCAUCUGAACCCGUUGCUUUUUAUGCGUAUAUGUCAUCUGGUGAGCAAAAUCCAGGGCAACACCAGACUAUGGCCUUCGACCACGUGGUUACUAAUAUUGCAAGUGCCUACAACAAAUACACCGGGAUAUUCACUGUUCCGGUCACAGGACUUUAUGUUUUAACGAUUACCCUUUCUGGAUCACCAUCAUCACAAAUUCCACUUCAGUUUACUCGAAACAAUGAAAUCCUAGGAGCCAUAGAUUUGUUUGCAGCCUCUGGUUCAGUCGAUACAAACCCAACUGUUUCCUCUACAAUAAUUGUCUCAUUAAGCAAAGGAGAUUCCUGUUUUAUUAGAACUAGUGCAUCCUACACAACAGCUGGAACUAUCUAUAGUACUGACCUCUCACGAUCAUCAUUUGCUGGAUGGUUGGUGUCAGCAACCUAAAUUGGUACUGGAAUCUUUUGAAUGAAAUAAAGUUUUUUUUAUUACAAAAACUUUUAUAACUAUAAAAACUCAAACUAUUUAUAUUGU